AGAGGAGGCCAGAGGAGGAGGAGGAGAGGAGAGGAGGAUUCUUCAUCUAAAUGCUCCUCUUCUUCAUCUAAAGGCUCCUCUUCUUCAUCUAAAGGCUCCUCUUCUUCAUCUAAAUGCUCCUCUUCUUCAUCUAAACGCUCCUCUUCUUCAUCUAAAUGCUCCUCUUCUUCAUCUAAAUGCUCCUCUUCUUCAUCUAAAUGCUCCUCUUCUUCAUCUAACCGGCAAAAAACAGGUAAAAAAAAAGAAGAAAAAAAGAAGCAAAAAACGGGGAAAAAAAGGCUAAAACCAGGCUGA